AUGCGGCUCUACCUCCCCUCAGCAAUACGCGAUCCCCUCCUCGGAGCCAUUUCCCGCCUCGAGAUCAGCUUUGACGUCCAGGUGUCGCUCAAGCGGGUCCGAAGGUAUGGGUGGAAGUGGAGCAGGGAUUGGGAGUAUGCGGUGGAUCUGGCGCUAGCCCUGCUAUCACUCACAGUGAUGGCGCAACCCGUCUUCUUCAAGCUCUUUCUCGUCGCGGCCUACACCACCGCCCUCCUCAUCCCCUUCACCUCUCAAUUCUUCCUCCCCGCAACCCCCAUCUUCUCCUGGCUCCUCCUCUUUUACUCGUCCCAAUUCAUCCCCAAGUCGUACCGACCACACAUCUGGGUCUCGGUCCUCCCGACACUCGAGUCGAUCCUCUACGGCGCCAACAUCUCGGACCUCCUCACGCGGUGGACGAACCCGGCUCUCGACUUUCUCGCGUGGAUCCCGUAUGGAGUCAUUCACUUUGUCGCGCCCUUUGUCGUCGCCGCCUUGCUUUGGGUCUUUUCGCCGCCCGGCGCCGUCAAGUUUUGGGCUGCUGCCUUCGGAUACAUGAACCUCGCGGGCGUCAUCAUCCAGAUCGUCUUUCCCUGCGCUCCUCCAUGGUACGAACUUCGCGAAGGCCUCGUCCCCGCCAACUACAACAUGCGCGGCUCGCCCGGCGGUCUUGCGCGCAUUGACGCCCUCUUCGGUGGACACGGCUACGAGACGACCUUCUCAGGUGCUCCAGUGCCCUUCGGCGCCUUCCCGAGUUUGCACGCUGGCUGCUCGACGAUGGAGGCGCUCUUCUUGAGCCACUUCUUCCCCAAAGGGAGGCCGUUUUACUGGCUAUACUAUCUCACGCACCACUACCUGAUCGACCUCGUCGCCGGCGGCUCUCUCACCUGCGCCUUCUUCUACUACUACCUCAGCAAGAUGCCCGACGAGCUUCGACACCCUACGACGCCCGUCGCGCCCUACCGCGCGCGCGCCUCGUCCUCCGCCAUCCCGCUCGACGAAGAGUCCGGUCUACCACGGACGUUCGCGCACACGGCGGCUGGGAAGGCAUCGAAUGGGCAUGCGAAUGGGUAUGGAGGGUGGGAGUCGGACGAUGCCGGUGCGAGCGAGGAAGACGAUUUGGCGGAGGAGGCGAGGUUGUUUGGUGGGGAGGCGGGCGCGGCACCGGUGCGGGAUAGCUUUGAUGUGCCGCUCAAGGGUGAUAUGAGCGCGGCGGCGCGGACACCACGGCGGGAUUGA